GUCAAAUAUCAAAAUGCACAAAUUAUUGCCCCUUGGAUAGCGAUCUCAAUUAGAAAAGUUAUUUUUUAACGUGAGACAAACGACAAUGAUAAUCCAUGAAAAUUAUUAUACAGUUCGCUAAUUAUUUUGAUGAGAAACAGUGAUAUGUAAUGAUGUUUUAAAACCAAUUGAUAUUAGUAUAUUAUAUAAUGUACAUCUAGGGGAAUAUAAUUUUUUGAAAAGGAAAAAUACGCCUAGUGGAAAUUACUAAAGCGUCAGCCUUGUAUCUCGUACAGUCGGUAUUGUUACAAACAAGCAAUAUUCAGUGGCGACUACGUACAUGCCCUGAGAUAUACGCUUUAUCGUUCAAGUAUCACAUAUCCUUUACGCUUCUUAGUGAUGAAUUCAUUCAGGUAAUUAAUGUUUGUCCAAACAAAUCACGAACCGACUCUGAAACUAUUCGCUAAGGCAAAAGUCGUCGUUUCAUUUAUAGCAAAGGUGAUGAUUACGAAGUGAAAUAAUCGCACCUUGAAGUGAAAACAAGUGAAAGAGGAAAGAUAUCUAUGUUAACUCGCAAACAUCUAUCAAUGCGUGUAGCGCAUAAUUCUAUGAUAUUCAGACAUUUCCCAACGACGUUCGAGAUCAUCGUCACGAAGAUUUAUUUGAUCGAUACACGCGAUGAUUUGUCGUAAAACUGCCGCAAUUAUGCUUACAGAGGAAAUCUAAUGGUUGUAAAAGAAAAAAAAAAGAUGUGUGUUUCUAAAAAAAAUACCAAUAAGAUAUAUUGAACGAUGAUUGCAAUUCAGUCACGAUAUGCAAUUUUAGGGACGUAUGAUUAGAAGAGUACGUGGAAUCAAAAUGGCACGCAGACGUAAAAGUGAAAUGAAAUCAUCUGUAAAGACAUCGCUUAAGUAUGUACCUGUACGAAAAUCUAGUAGACAAAUAGCCAAGAAACAAUUGGAAGAAAAAAAGGUUAACGGAGAUGUUUUACAAAUAACUUACUCAAAUGACUCUGAAGAUGGUAAAAGUACCGCGGAAUAUCAAAACCACGUGCUUCCAAAAAAGAGUCAAAAUUCUUUAAGGAAGCAUAACAGACAUAAAAACAUUUCUAAUAGCAACGUACUUGUAAUCGACGAAGAGUGUUCGUAUUCUGCGACAUCUCUGUAUAAAAAGGAUGCUAGUGAAAGUGAUAGUCAAGAUGGAAUAGACGUUAUAGUCAAUCAGUCUGAUAAACUCAGCCCUGAAGAUGUUCAGCAAGUAGUUGUUGGUAAUCCUAAUAAAGAAAUUGUAACUGAAUCUGAUUCUGCUGAAACUGAAAUAUGGCCAGAAGAUGUAAUAGAAGAGACUGUAAUAUGUGAAGAGACGGAGGUUAAAGAACAAGUUAAAAAUAGUGAUUAUAAUUUAAAACAAAAUGAUAAUGUAGUAGUAAAAGAAGUGUUAGUUGUAAACAAUCCUUCUUUAGAAACAAAAAAUUUUGUAGAAUAUACUGUGAUACAGAAUGAGAAUGGUAUGGAACCGAUGUUAGUAAAAUCUGAUUCAAGAAACGCACCUAAUAACGAAUGUUACUACAAUACAGAAAAAGAUUCGUGUAAUUUACAGAAAACUAAAAUGGAAAAUUCCAUGUCAGCCUUAUACAUAGAUGUGCCAAUGACGUCUAACGACAGAAAUGACAAAUCAUUUAAUUUAGAAAAAUCAUAUACUCGUAGCAAAGACGUAAUUAAUGAUCGAGAAAACUUAUAUACAAAUAAAGAUGCGUAUGCAAGAAGGUUGCAAGAAUCUUUAUCUAGAGAUAAUGUGUUUUGUAAAAUAGAUAACAAAUUAGCAGAUAUGCAAAUUAGCGAACCUUCGAAAGAAAUAGAAAAGUUAGUUAAUGAUUUAUCGAACAUGGAGAACGUAAUGUCUCCGUUACAAAUUGCUGGUAAUACUGAGAAGAUAAUACCAAUGAGCAUCGACGAUGAAAGUAGUUCUUCGAUACUGGAUAAAAUGGAACAACUGCAUCAAUCGAAUAACUCUGCUGAUAAUAUAGAAAAAACUGUUAGAGAAUUAAAUAAUGAUUCUUGCAAUGGCAAGGUAGAGUGUGAAAAUCAGCAUUUACUAAAAUCAAAAGUAUUAUCGGAUAAAAAAAAUGGAAAUCAACGGAAAACAGUAAAUUUCCAACAAAUUAACGAGGAACUGUACGGUGACAAUGAAGUGGACAGCAAAAUUGAUGGAGAAGAUACAAAAUUAUCUAGUAGCAGUGAAAAUAGCAACGAUACGUUAUUAUCUAUGAACAACUGUAAAUUAACAGAAUUUGAUACAAAAUGUAAUAACAACGCGAAUGAUAUCGAUAAAAAAGUUGAAUUUAGAAGUAGAAGUGGUAGCACUGACACAACUGGUUCAGAAAGUGGAUCAAACAGUUCUGGUGUAAGGAGGAGUAGUAGAAUUAGGUCAAUUGGUUUAAUGAAACAAAGAUCAUGUGGUCGCGGAUUAGUCACAAAACCUAAUUUAGAUAGUUCAAAAACAAAUGUUCAACAAGAACGAGAAAAAAUAACAAAUAACGUUGUUUCAAUUGCUCAAGAAAUGAAAAUAGAUAAUCCACCUGAAUCUCAAUCGGAUAAAGAAAAUAACGUCAAUAAGACAGUAAAUACGUUUGAGUCCCUUACAUUGACAGCAGCAACUUGUAAUACCACGGGCUAUGAUUCAGAUUCCUCUAAACCUGUUAAAGUGAAAUCUCGUUGGCGAAGAUCGAGUGAACUUGAAAUGGGUGGAUCGAAUACAGGAACUGUAUCUACAUCGGCAGUUGUGUUUGGAAAUAUAAUUGCGAAUACAUCCGAAUCUGGAUCGUGUUCUGCCAUUAAAUCCACAAGUGGAACUUUAACAGAUAUUAAUAUUUCAGAUUCUAUAUCUGGAUUAACGUCAAUUGCAAAUAUUCAAUCUAAUACAGAUAUAGAACAGACGAAAGAAGCAACGAUGUCUGCGAACAAUAACAAUAUCGUGCAAAUUCCCAAAACUGUGGGUGCAAGAAUUCCAUUACCUAUGGUUCCUGAAAUAGAGGACAGAGAAAUGGAAGAAAGACUAAGUCAAUUUGAAUAUUUACGUGAAAAUUUAUAUUUAACGGAAAGAUACACGAAUAAAGAAACGAAGAGAAUGGUAUGCGAUUGCUUUUUAACGGAAGAAGAAAUUGAAAGGGGAGAAUUAGGUUGCGGGGAAGAUUGUCUAAAUAGACUUCUCAUGAUAGAUGGGCCUCGAUGUGUAGUAGGCGAUCGUUGCACGAAUAAAAGAUUUCAAAACUGUGAAUAUGCGAAAUGCGAAGUAUUUAGAACGGAAAAAAAGGGAUUUGGUUUACGAGCUGUAGUUGAUUUAUUGGCAGGAGAAUUUAUAAUGGAAUAUGUAGGUGAAGUGGUUGAUCCAAAAGAUUUUCGACGCAGAGCAAAAGAAUAUUCAAAAGACAAGAAUAAACAUUAUUAUUUCAUGGCGUUAAAGUCUGAUCAAAUCAUAGACGCUACUAUGAAAGGAAACGUUUCUCGAUUUAUAAAUCACAGUUGCGAUCCAAAUUCUGAAACUCAAAAGCAAAGAGGCGCAGAAGUGUUUUUGCGAAGCACCCAAUUGUCGCGGUUGGAUCGGUGAAACACCGGAGGAAGAAAAAGAAAAGAUUGAAAAGAAAGAAAAACGUGAAAAAGAUAUGAAGAAGAAGAAAGAUGAAAAGAAACAAACUGAUUACAUGGAAGAUGAAGAUUUGGAAGAAGAAAUAGAUAAACUAUGCUCGGGUGGCUUGAAAAAUAGAGCUCAUACAUUAACAUUAAGUAGAUUAAUGGUACGUAGCAGAGAAUUAGAACACAGAACACGGCUUUUACGUCUCAUACAAAGCGGAGAACAGCCAUGCCGAAGAUUAUUUUUGGAUUAUCACGGUUUACGUUUGAUUUGGAGUUAUGUUAUGGAUAUUUCCACUAAUGACUCUGACGAGGCGCAGCAGUUCCGUCUAGAAGUUCUGAAAACUUUGAAUACACUUCCGAUUCCUAAUAAAACUAUGUUGAUGGAUAGUAAAAUUUACAACGUGGUAGAAAAAUGGUCGAAACGAUUGUAUUUCUCUUUGAGCGGAGAUUCUCCGGAAGAUGAUCAAGGAAAAUUAAAGUCGAAUAACGAUGAAUUACCAGUUAACUGUGACAGCAACGAAAAGAGAAAUCUUUACUCAUUGACCGCAGAUACAGAGAAACAAGAAAAUAAUAUUGAAAUUACUGACAUAAAAUCUGAUAAUAUAGAUCAAAAUCUUAUUCCCGAGUUAGCUUUGAGUCUUUUAGCUGAAUGGUCAAAUUUAAAAGAAGUUUUCCGUAUACCGAAAAAAGAAAGGAUUGAACAAAUGAAAGAACAUGAGAGAGAAGCAGGCAUAGAUCUGACAGAUAUGGAAGGAACGAAAUGGAAAAACGUGGAGAUAGAAGACGAGGACGAGAAUCUCCAGAAUCUGCAGAGCACACUCGAACAAAAGAUAAGAGAAUAGAGGAAAGAAGUAGCUUAGUUCCAAUUCCACGAAUGACAAAAUACGAACGCCGACAAUUAUUUGCUUUGAAAGUAGCAAAGGAAGAAGAAGAGCGGCAGCGUCGUCAACAGCAAGAAUCGUGGCAAGAUCAUGAAACUAGAUGUAUGGCAUUAGGCAUAGACCCCCAUACCACGGCUAUGGUAGAUCCACAAACGGGAUAUCCUGUCUUUUAUAAUCCGACAAUUGGACAAUGGCAACAGUAUCCUACGCAAGACGGAGAAAUGAAUCAGCAAUGCACUUCGGUAUACGUAGGUGGACCACAGGCAGUGUCUGGUCAUACGCAAUCUGGGAUAGUAUCGCAAAAUGUUCUACCGUCGUCAAUUUCUUCUGAAAUAUCACCUGUCAUGUCGAGCAAUAUACCUUCAGGUGUGCCUCCGGUGGUAUACACGUUGAGUCAAACGCCUGUAUUUAAUCAAAGCACAACAGCUUAUUCUUUACUAUCCCAUUGUCAUCAACAACAAUAUCCUGAAGGGCAGCUACCGACAAUUUCGAGUAAUUUAGUUUCCAGUGGAACAUCGGUUCCACUUCAAACCGAAUCUCUUUACGAGCACAUGGAAAAACAGUCGGACCAACAGUUUCCUGCAACGUUCAGACAAUCGCAGCCUGAAGUACCUCCUAUAGAUUUACCACCAAAAUGGAAAAGUGCGACUGAUAGUAGAGGCAGGACUUACUAUUAUCACGUGAAAGAACGGAUAUCGCAAUGGUUACCUCCUCCGCCAGAUCAUAUAGGAGUUCAACCGGAUUCAUCGUCGACUUCGGAAUCUAGCGAAGAGUCUAGUUCAUCGAACGAAGAGGAUGAAGAGAUUGACGAAGACAAUAACGAAGAAUCGAAAAAUGAGGAGUCACACUUGGACAACACUUUGAUAGAAAAGCCAUUGAAUGUCUCUAGGCAUAAUGUAGCUAAAAAAAGUUCCGUUCAUAAUGUAACCGGAAGUUCAGCACUUGUGCCAGAAAAUAAGAAAAGAAGAGAGGGUUUGGUUCAGGAAAGAAUUAUCAGCCCACGUCGAGAAGAAGACCGUAUGGAUCACAAAACGCACAAGGGAAUAAAGGAAAAAUUACGGCGUCAGAAAGAAAGAGCCAAAUUUAAAGAAUACAUUGAAAAAAUACGAAGACAUCGACGUAGUAAUAAAUCUAAAUCGCAUUCACGGCAUAGUUUAAACAAAUUGCAAUUACCUUCGUCUGACUUAUCCACAAUGUCGGAAAGAAAGAUUAAAGAUACUUUUAGAAUAAAUAUGGCAAAUGUCAUGGUACAUUUUUUGAAUCCAUAUAGGAAAAACGAUUGCAAACAAGGUAGAAUAACAAAUACGGAAGAUUUUAAGCAUCUUGCUAGAAAGCUUACACAUUUUGUACUCGCGAAAGAAUUGAAACACUGUAAAAGCGUUGAUGAAUUACAAUGUAACGAGAAUGUUAAACAUAAAGCUAAAGAUUUUGUACGUAAGUAUAUGAGUAAAUUCGGCGCUGUUUACCAGAAAAGUACUGACGAAGAUUAAUUAUCUAACUUAUGAUAUAUGAAAUUGUUAUUUAUUAUACAACUUCUUCACUUUAAAAAUUGUAAUAUAUCUACUAAAAAAAAAAAGUAUAUCAAGUAUAAUAUGCCUGUAUGUAGAUAUAUAUCUGUAAUUACUAUUAUUGUAAUAUAGAUGAAUUUGUACAUGCUUCAUAAACAUUCUGGUAAUUUAGCCACUAAGAAAUUAGCAAAUUUUCUAAUUUCACAUACGUUCGAUGUAUAAACUUUAUAUUUUUAUUUCUUAGAUAAUAAUACGUUAUGUCUUUAGAAAAAUGCAUUUUAUGUCCUAUACGCGUCUUGCAUAAUUAUAUUAAAUAUUGAU